AUGUUGAAGUUGGGGAAUGCAGUUGAAUGUAAAGAAAUUGUGAUGAAUGAAACUUUUUGGAAAAAUUGUUUGAUUACUGUGACAGUCAUGACUCCUUUGUUGAGGGUUUUACGUUUGUGUGAUACAGAUGAAAACCCUUCUUUGUCGUAUGUUUUUGAGGGGAUGAAUCGGGCAGAUAAGGGAAUUAAGGCAUUAUUUCAGGAAAAAGUAGCUUUCUAUAAGCCAUAUGUGGAUAUAAUCGAUGCUCGAUGGAAAAAUAUGUUACGUUCUAGUAUUCAUUGUGCGGCAUAUUGGUUAAAUCCAGCUUUUCAGUAUGAUAAAGAAAAUCUUUGUAAAGAUAAAGAAGUUUUUAAGGGUGUUCUUGACAUGGUUGAGAAGAAUUUUCCGGGUGAUGAUAUUAUAGAUGUUACACCGGCUUUAGGCAAGUUUCGUGAUGGAUUAGAAUGUUUUGGUAGGAGUAGUGCGGUUGCUUCUCGUAAUGUUACUCAACCCGCCGAAUGGUGGAGGUUAUUUGGUGGAGAUUAUCCGUUAAUGCAAAAAUUUGUCGUUCGAAUAUUAAGUCAAACCGCAUCUUCCUCGGGUUGUGAACGUAAUUGGAGUGUCUUUGAAAUGAUUCACACGAAAAAAAGAAAUAGGUUGGAACAUGAAAGACUAAAUGACCUUGUGUUUGUUCAUUACAACUUGCGUUUACAAAAUAGGCUCAAAUAUGCUAAGAGAUCCUUUGAUCCGGUUGAUUAUGAAAGCAUUAAUCAUUCGGAAUUUUGGGUGGUUGAAGAAGAGCCGGAAGGAGAUCUUGAUAAUGAUGAUAUAGAUAACAUGUUUGGUGAGGAAGAAAAUGUAUCGAUUUCUCAAACACAAGGAAACGAAAAUAGUUACGCUCUUGUUGAUGAGGAUGUCGUUGACAGUGAAUUUCAUCCUUUAAGCGAUCGUGAACUUAAUGCAUUCAACAUUCCAAUGGAUUAA